UUUUGACCAGUUCUUGUCGAGUAGGUCUGUGAUAACCGUAGGAACCAAAUGGCAGCAACGUAUUAUUUUGCUAUCGUUGGAACAAAGGAUAGCCCUCUUUACGAAACAGAACUCACAUCUUCAUCGAAAGCAGCGAGCAAUUUUGAUACUACACCCAAAGAUGACCAUCGACAUUUGAAUCAAUUCAUCAUUCACUCGGCCCUGGACGUUGUAGAAGAAGUACAAUGGAAUAAUCAAGCUUUAUACCUCAAAGUUAUCGAUCGGUUUAACGAGUUCUACGUCUCCGCCUUUGUCACCGCUGGCAAUGCCAGACUUUUACUUUUGCAUGACGUCAAAUCUGAAGACAGUAUUAAGAACUUUUUCAACGAAGUGCACGAAAUGUAUAUUAAGGUCUUGAUGAACCCAUUUUAUGAGACCAAUACCCCCAUAACUAGUCAACAAUUCGAUUCCAAAGUUAAAUUUAUUGCACGCCGAUUCCUGUAAUAGUCUAUAAACCAACAUCUUCCUGCUAUGAACUCGUUUGAUUUGAUAUUCAAUUCACAGAAAUGUAUUCAGUCUCUAUCGUAACCUUACUUUACUGCUUCUAGAAAGCAUGUAUAUUUUGAAGCAGAUGAAAUGUACAGUGCUUUAAACUAUUUUGCUUAUCCAAAUGUCG